AUGAUUUACAUGGAGCCAGAGAUGUUAGGCUGGCGACCUCUGUUGCUGUCGUGGUUAAACACCUUGCCCAAGACGUUGAAAGAAGAUAACAAGGAACUGAUACGAGAUCUGUUUGACAGAAUGGAGACUGCCUUGCUACAGUUCAUAAGGAAGGGCGGAUUCAAGGUAAACGACCCGUGGAGGCCGAUGCGUCUUGCUAUAAUCUUGCUCUACUGUAUCUGAAGUAUUUGCGAUAUUUUACAGGAAUUAUCUCCAACAAACGACGCGAAUCUGGUCUACUCUCACAUGAGCUUAAUGGAGACUUUGAUGGAUGAAUUUCAAGAUGAAGAAGAAUUUAAAAAACUAAACGAACGCGAGGUUACCGCUUGGCUUGAGGUUAGUUUUAUUCAUUGACUCAAUAAAAUAUUGACGCCUACGUUGUCAUAGGUGAGUUGUGUGUUUGAUUUACACAGUACAACUCAAGUUGUAAGCAGGUUGCAUGCGACAGUUUUGGGCAAACGUUGUGUAGUGUGUAAUUUAUACUCAGUGUAAAUGGGCAUUAACUCUGUUAUAAAACUGUUAUAAAACAUAUUUUAUUGGAGACACGCGUCCCCUGAAAGUCCCAAACUCCAUACUUGAAGUCCUUUGAUUUAUUGCUAAUUAUACUGUUACCUGUUUUAUUGGAAAUUUUGUGGAGUAUAUAGCGAUUUUUUACGUACUAUUGUAGUGUAUUUAUCUCUUUGCUGCCGUGUGGUCUUUGGGUGCGACUGUUCCUGCUGAUGGACGAAAGGCGUUUGAUGCCGUGUUCCGUGAGAUCAUCGAUGUAAGUUUAAUGUUUCAUUCCAGCCCUAUACUUUCGUUUGCAAUCAGCUAUGAACACUGGCCAACUAUUCAAAGAAGCUUUAAUCCCCGUUUAUUAACGUUAGGCAAACAUUCUUUUGUUAUAUAUAGGGUGCCCUAUCGCUGGAGACAAAAGGAAAAUAUCACAUAAUCACGAUUGUUGAUCCACCUCCACGACCUUUUCUGUGUCCUUUCCCUCAUAAAGGAACUGUCUAUGACUAUCGUUUUAUCAAGGAGGUAAAUAUCCUGAAAUUUCCUGCAACAGAAUUAUUGGAACGUGUUGGCAACCGAAAUUCCAACCCCGAAUGUUUUAACCGCCAUACUGUGUUAUGUACUGUUUAACAAACAAUAAGAGUGUCUUUGUUUGUUUAUUUAUGACUUAGGGCAUGGGUAAAUGGGAGUUAUGGACAGACGAAAUCAAAGAUGCGCCUCCAAUCCCAAAGGUAAAUCAUCUUGUUAGAAAGCUGUGACAACUUCCUGAAAAAUACAAGAUCUUCGACGUCGGGAGGUUACUAACCUUUUAGUUGUAUCCCUAUCAAUGCAAAGCUUUCUUAUUGUUGGCUCUACCCUACACUGACACAGACUGUUCGAGAUUAAAUCAUGUUGUUGUAAUUAUUUUAAAUAGUUAUCCUGUUUUACCCAUCCGCCUUUAGGAAAUGAUGUUCAAUGAGAUCAUAGUACCAACUGUGGAUACUGUCAGAUACACAUUUCUUAUGAACCAACUUGUCACGCAUCAGAAACCUUGUCUUUUUGUUGGGCCUACUGGCACUGGGAAAUCUGUCUAUAUCACGGUACUUCGUCAUUUUUUAUCUUAUGUGUUUUUAUCUCGGAGCUCAUUUUGACGUUCUGUCCAACUGGUCCAACUGGUUUCUUAUGUGUUUUUUUUUAUUUUUGUUUCAGAACUUCUUGUUAAACAAUCUUUCCAAGGAGAAGUACAAGCCUCUCCUCAUCAACUUCUCAGCUCAGACAACGGCAAAGCAGACCCAGGAUAUUAUCAUGUCAAAACUAGACAAAAGACGAAAAGGAGUAUUUGGUCCACCAUUGGGAAAGAAAACGGUAAGAAUAUUAUCGGAACGUUACUCCCUACAAAUUCUUAUUACUGUAAAACUGCAUUUUUUCAUGUCUUUCUACAGGUCAUUUUUAUCGAUGAUUUAAACAUGCCAGCUCGCGAGGUGUACGGAGCUCAACCUCCUAUUGAAUUGAUACGACAAUGGCUUGAUCACUGGAACUGGUAUGGAAAUAUAUAUUUUCAGGGGGGUGCACCCCUUCUAGCCUCGGCCAAGGGUAGUGCAACAAGUGGGGGAGAGGCGUGCUCAAAUUUUUUUCUCAAGUGCAUUCUUUAGUUGGAAAAGCAUUAUCCUACCACUUCAACCAACAUUGCUGACGUUCGCUAUCUCUAGUGAAAACUGACUUUAUAUUGUUAAAAUUUUUCUGGUUUCUACUAAAAUAUCUGUAUUACACCCGUUUCUUGCUUUUAGGUACGAUCUCAAAGACACAACGCCCAUACAUUUGGUGGACAUUCAAAUCAUCGCCGCUAUGGGACCUCCUGGGGGUGGCCGGAACCCGGUAACCCCCCGCUUCUUACGUCAUUUCAACACGAUCACCAUUACUAUGUUCGACGACAUCACUAUGUUGAAGAUAUUUGGCAGAGUAAUGGACUGGCAUCUGACAACAAAGUAAGUAUGGAAAGCUAAAACCCUGGGACGAGAGUUGCCAGUCACACAUUGUUAAGGGGGACAUUUCAAGCUUUUGAUUAACAAAACAAAAGUGUUCCAACCUUACCUUAAAGGGAUAUGGGAAUAAAAAUUGACUUUGUCUUAUUUGAAAGAACUUUUAAAGUUCUAUAUGAACACCCUUUACAAUUUUUUCGUACCUUGCUUGGUUUUCGAAAUAUUUUGACCAAAAACAGUUUGCAGUCCACCAUCUUGGUAUUAUAAUUGACCUAAUUAACUGAGUUUUUGAUGACGUCACAAGCAGGGUAAACUUGGUAAAACUUCUUCAUGUGGGACUAAGUUUCUUCGCAAAGUUUCUUAAAAUGUUGUGAGUUAAUUGAGUACUAAAAAGACUUCGGAAAAUCGAAUUUCAUAUUGAUAAUAUGACAUGUGGUUUGCAAGAUAAAAAUUUCGCUUUUUACCCUACUUGUGACGUAUGCAUAUCGGAACGCAUAUCCAAGAUGGCGGAAUGCACGCUGCUUUUGACCAAAAUAAGUCGAUUUAUUUCGAAAACCAAGCAAGAUACGGAAUAAUUGUAAAUGAAGUUUAUAUAUCAUUUUAAAUGUUCUUUCAAAUAAGACAAACUUAAUCGAAGCGUGGUUCGAUUUGUAACGUCUUGAAAUUUUCUUUAGUGGUUUCACUCGAGAUUUCUUGCCUGUCGGUGAGGCUAUCGUGAACGCAACUUUGUCAGUUUACAAGAACGCCAUGGCCAACCUGCUGCCAACACCUGCCAAAUCACACUACCUCUUCAAUCUGAGAGAUUUUGCUCGUGUUGUUCAGGUACGUACCGCUUACCAGAGACCUACGCAAACUAGAAAAACUCGUAGCGGAGGAAAACCAGCAACAUUCUCUUUCAAAAUGUUUUGUCAACCAAGUGCGAUCCUCUCGAAACAUUGAGGUCGCGCUUCUCAUGUGCCGAACGCGUUAGAAACAAAGAUAACGAGGCAUUUCAGCUGAUUAUCUAUUGUUUUUAAUGCGUUUCGACACAUGAGAAGCGCGACGUUUGAAACAGGCCUGAGGUUUCGACCUUCAGCCUCAAUAUCUGGGCAUGUUACAGGCAUGCACAGCCACUAUUUGUUAUAAUUGUCCAAUUUACUUAGAGUUAAUUUACUCUACAGGCAUAUUCUUCUUGGUUUUCCAGCCUACAGGAAAAAUACGAAGAAAUUUAAACAUAUUUUUGUUUUUUUAAAGGGUGUUUUGCUGUCCAGACCAACGACCACACCAGAUCACAAUACAUUGAAACGACUAUGGGUGCACGAGGUAGGUAGCACAAUCAGGCUCUACAACAACAUGGAACAUGGUUAAGAGACUCCAAUGUACCCAUGUACAGAACGCUGCAGAUUGAUUGGAUUUAACAACCUGAAAAAUACUGCUUGUAGUUGAAUCCCUUUUGCCACUACCUACGCUCGCACAAACCGUUCGAGUUUAUGUGCAGAACAGACCGCAUAUUCAAGCAAACCGGCAUUAAAAAUAUCUGUCAACCUUUUGGACUGAAAUCCUGUACCAGCAUAAGAAAUAUAAGAAAAACCAUACUCCGAAUAGUAUUGAAUUAUUUCAAGAAAACAAUACACAAAUUAUGGUGGUCGACUCUAGGGUCUGACAAUGCAAGAAACUUGUCGGCACUAUACUAAUAUUUCGCUAUACUGCAAAAUAAUUGAAAGCUUACAAUGUUUUUUGUUGCAUGAAUUCCUACUCCAGGUAUUCCGCGUGUAUUAUGACCGUCUGGUGGACGACACCGAUUGCUCGUGGUUGUUCGACUUCACGAAGGAUGAGACAAAGAAAAGUUUGGGGGUAGAGUUCAACAUUCUAUUCCAACACUUAGACGUGAAAGCUACUGGCACGAUUACUGAAGAUAAUUUACGAAGCUUGAUCUGUUGUGACUUCCCGGAUCCAAAGAAUGACAGCAAGCCGUAUGUUGAAGUGACUGAUCUGAACAAUUUAAGAAAAGUUGUCGAAGGAUAUCUGGAUGAAUUUAAUAACAUGAGCAAGAAACCCAUGAACUUGGUUCUAUUCAGGUAAACCUGUAGUUUCAGCUAUACGUUGUUUGAAAACAAUAGUGACAGUGGCAACAACAACAACAACAACAACAACAACAACAACAACAACAACAACAACAACAACAACAACAACAACAACAACAACAACAACAACAACAACGACAACGACAACGACAACGACAACGACAACAACAACAACAACAACAACAACAACAACAACAACAACAACAACAACAACAACAACAACAACAACAACAACAACAACAACAACAACAACAAUAGAAAAUAUGAGUUCAAUUUGCAACUGGCAAACCUUAAAGUCAUAUUUUAAACCUGAAAACGAGUUCGCAUUGAGAUGAUUUUAAGAGAUCAUAAAACUUUCUAUUUCAGAUUUGCUAUUGAACAUGUGUCACGUAUUUCUCGCGUCUUGAAGCAACCACGUGGUCAUGCGCUGUUGGUUGGGGUGGGUGGCUCAGGUCGUCAGAGUUUGACAAGGCUGGCUGCACACAUGGCUGAUUAUGAACUCUUUCAGGUACGAUAUUUAACUGUUAUUCUCCGAACUCGAGUCGUUUAUGACCUGAUAGUCGACAAACUGUGUGGCACCGAGUUCGUUAUCGGUCAAUUAUACGACGAGAGUGAGUAAAGUAAGGCCAAAAAAAAUAUGUGGGUUUCCUGUUUCUUCUUAUAAAAACUUAGGUAGGGUAGGUCGGUUUUAAUUUUUUUUUUAACUUUUUUUUUAAUUUUCCUAACAACCGGACGCCAUUUUGUUUAGUCAGUGCUUCCACAUCCAAAUAUAGAUUUCCCUAAUAUUGCCUCAAAUUUCAAUUUUCCACAAACUUUUUCCUCUAAGUGGAAACACUUACAAGCAUGAUCCACAGUAAAAAAGCUUAGGGUCGGGAUUUCGACGUCCAAAAGCUAGGUAGGGUCGGGAAACCGGAAACCCACA